GUAGCCUACAUAUUUUUAUAUGACCGCAAAGCUGUAGACCUAUGAAUAAAUAAAGGUAUUUCGAUAAAUAUGUUUUUUUUUUCUUCUUCAUUUAUUUGGCUCAAAAGUUGACAAUGUUAGCAAGACGCGUCGCACAUCUGACGUUUGAAAACCAAGACGAGAAACGAAAGCGAAAGUAAACCGGUCCGGGGAACUGAUCACGGGUCCGUCGGGGAUCGGUGAACUUCUGCUGAUCUUUUCUGAGAUAUCUUAUCAACAUGAGCUGCGAUCAGGACGCAGAGACGCGUCACAUUCUGGACUGUUUCAGAGACAGACUGAAGCGACUCGUUCAGGUCGAGCCACUUCUGGAUCUGCUGCAUUUCCUCGAACCGGAUCGAAAGGACCGGAUUAAAGCCAAGUUUCGUGAGGAGGGGAACAUAAGCGCCGCGGCACUUCUGCUUGACGAGAUUAUUCACUCUAAAAACUGCGAGCAGGGAUGGUCGAGAGAGCUGAUCACCGCGCUGGAGACCGUCGGGUGCAAACACGCCGCAAAGUACGUGCUGAACAGCCCACCGGAGCCCACAGAGGAGGCCGAGAACGACAGCUGCGUCCGGCUGAUCGACCUCCUGCAGCUCACGCUGGUCAACAUGAAGACCGCAGACAUGUGCGCACACUGCCGCGCGCUGGGGCUCCUGACGCUGGAGGACCAGGAGAACAUUCUGAAACUCACAGAGAAUCAAGGGAACAUAGGUGGCGCUCGGCUGCUCCUCAAAAGGCUGGUGAAAAACGAAGCUGGCUGGUUUUCCAAAUUCCUUCAGGCUCUGGAGGACACCGAGCACCACGAGCUGGUGCGCGAGCGGCGGGGAGAGCCGUGUAAUGAGGACGAGGCCAUGUCAGUCGAGACUGUUGAAGAGGGUGAACAGUCAUGUUCGGAGACUAUGCCGGUUCUCCCUCCCGUUCUCUCAGCGAACAGCUCGCUUCUGUCAGAGGAUCUGGACAGCAGUGUGGACAGCAGCGGUCUGGGUGCAUGUGCUGACAAUGAAGAGGUCGACAUGUACAAAGAAGGUGAGGAGGAAGAUCUCACAGAGGAUGAUGAUCCGUCAGAGGAACGCAAGAGGGAUAUUGUACUGCGUGACUAUCAGAUGGAGGUGGCGAGACCAGCUCUGGAGGAAAAGAACAUCAUCAUCUGCCUCCCUACAGGAAGUGGGAAAACCAGAGUUGCUGUGUAUAUCACUAAGGAACAUUUGGAGAGGAGGAAGCAGAUGGGACAACCGGGGAAAGUUGUUGUUUUGGUCAACAAGGUUCCCCUGGUCGAGCAGCACUACAAGGCCGAGUUUGGGCGGUUUCUGAAGCACCAGUACUCAGUGGAGCGGGUCAGCGGAGCCUCGCAGCUCAAAAUCUCCUUCCCACAAAUCAUGGAGCAAAACGACAUCAUCAUCUGCACAGCACAGAUUCUGGAAAACUCUUUGGCCAAAGCCAAGAACGGCGACGAGGACGGGAUCAAAUUAUCACAGUUCACUCUGAUGGUUAUUGACGAAUGCCAUCACACGAAGAAGGGCGGUGUGUAUAACCACAUCAUGAUUCGCUACCUGAAACAGAAGCACCAGAACCAGCUAUUGAAGAAGCAGGAGAAGAGUCCAGUUGCGCUUCCUCAGAUUCUGGGUCUGACGGCCUCACCUGGUGUGGGAGGAGCGAUGAGCCAGCAGAGAGCGGAGGAACACAUUCUCCAGAUCUGUGCAAACUUGGACGCCUUCACAAUAAAAACAAAGACUUUCGAAGAAGAGGAGGCCAAAACACCAUACAAAAGGAUUGCAAGAGCAGAAGAGAGGAAGGAGGACCCGUUUGGAGACGUGAUCAAGAAGAUAAUGGAUGAAAUCCACGAGCAAGCUGACCUGAAGCCCCUCUGUGAGCCCGGCACACAAAAUUACGAACAGUGGGUCGUACAGAAAGAGCAGAACGCUGCUAAGGAGGAGAAUCAGAAGGUGCGCGUGUGCGCCGAACAUCUCCGCCAAUACAACGAGGCUCUUUAUCAGAGCAACACCAUACGCAUGUCAGACGCCUUCCGCUUCCUCAACAAAUAUCACAACGAAGAGCUCAAGACCAAAUCCAGCCCCGAUGAGGAAGGCACUGUUACAAUCACAGACACUGAGCGAUUCCUCUUCACUUUGUUCAAAGACAAUAAAGCAAAGCUGCAGGAGUUGAUGGGAAAGCCGCAGUAUGAAAACAACAAUCUGGCCCAACUGAAAACCAACAUCCUGAAGGAAUUCAGCACCAGAGAGAGAGCGAGAGGCAUCAUUUUCACCCGGACCCGCCUCAGCGCCAUCGCUCUCUGCCAGUGGAUUCAAGAAAACCCCAAGUUUGAUGAAGUGGGAGUCAGUGCCAGCUAUCUGAUCGGUGGAGGAGAUCAGAGCGUGGUGAAACCGAUGACUGCUGCAGAGCAGAAGGACGUGCUGAACAAGUUUCGUGAUGGCCAAAUCAAUCUGCUAAUAGCCACCACUGUAGCAGAAGAGGGUUUGGACAUCGCCGAAUGUAAUUUCGUCAUACGCUAUUGCCUUGUGACCAAUGAGAUCGCCAUGAUUCAGGCCCGUGGUCGAGGAAGAGCAGAGGACAGUAGUUACACGCUGGUGGCGGAGGCAGGAUCUGGGGUGGCAGAGAGAGAGAGUGUUAACGAAUACCGGGAGAAAAUGAUGAGCAAAGCCAUCGCCAAAGUGUGCAAGAUGAAUCGAGCCGACUACGAGAAGAAAAUCAGAGAGUUUCAGAUGCAGGCCAUAAUGGAGGAGAAGGUGAAGAUAAAGAAGAAACUGCAGAAGGGAAUGAUGAAGGAACCGCCAUCUAAAAUCAGCCUGAGCUGCAGGCAGUGCAGUGUGUUUGUGUGCUCUGGAGAAGACAUUGAGAAGAUUGAGAACAUGCACCAUGUCAAUGUCACUCCGCAAUUUAGUGAGCUGUUUAUAGUCCGAGAGAAUGCAUCACUACAGGAGAGACUCCUGGACUAUGAGACCAAUGGAGUCAUUGCGUGCAAAAACUGUGGACUGCAAUGGGGCUCAAUGAUGCUGUAUAAGAGCAUUGAGUGUCCCUGCCUCCAUAUCAAGAACUUUGUGGUCACGUACGGCUCCAAGAAGAAGACAUUCAGCAAAUGGAGCGAGUUGCCCAUAAAGUUCCCUGCGUUUGAUUACACUCAACACGCUGAUCUCCUCGUAGAGGACUCGGGGGAAGAAGAAGACAUGGAAACUGACUAAAAAUAAAGAGCAGAAGAUUUUCAAACUCAUCUCUGACACAUUCAAUCAGAUGUCAUAACCUGGAAAACGAUUCAUCUACCAAGUCUAUUCUAUUAAAAGCACUUGCACUACUCAACAUGAUGUGGCUCAAUGGAAGCUGUUAUUUCUAUCAUUUAUUUCAUCUCUAGUGGCACUUUUGAAAUUGUGAUUCUAAUGCACUUUUUAUCUCACAAUUCUGAGUUUACAUCUUGCAAUUGUGGAAGCACAGUGAAGCUGUGCAAUGGCAGUCUGUGACAAAUACUGAUUUUGUGUUUUGAGAAUGUCCGUGUAUUUAGAUUUGCCUCUAGAGAAUAUGGUACAUUGUGUUAUUUGGAGUAAAUACAUUAAAAUGACCCUUUUUGUGUCAUCU